ACAUCGCACUUUUUGUCUGUGGUCAGGCUGGGCUGAGGACUUUCGUCGAGACACAAGAGGCCGCUCUUGAGGUGAAAAGGGCGAAAGGCAGCGCAGAGGUUUUCCCGUUUGACAGCAGGGGCUUGUUUUACAGCACAAAACAACAAGGAUGAAGAUUCCAAGCGACGCUGCAGUAAGACAGAUAAUAUUGGGGAGGUGUAGCUGAAACACCGCCAGCUUUAACUCGAUCCUCCAUUGUGCGCAGCGACAUUAACACCAGGCAGCUUGAAUGUCGACGGAAGUGCAGAUGAAUGUCUAUGUGCCUUAGUUUAAGUGCUCCUGGAUUUGUUGUUGUUAGCAGCUAAUGCUAACUAUAGAGGCUGCGAGCUAGCUGGCCUAGCAAGCUAAUGGUUAAAGAGAGGUAAAGAUAAUUAGCCACAUAUGUCUGAUUUAACCUCCUCGGACGAGUAAACUCGGGGUUGUUUAGCUAAUGGAGCCAGCUAAUCCUGUAUUCAGUUGUUCAAGAACUGUAGCUUUGGAUCAGUAUCAGUCAUAGUAGUUACCUAGCUUUGUCAGUUAGCCACCACUAUCUUUGGAAGAAUGAGUAGAAAACACCGUCAUUUUAAAGGAGCCGAAGUCAGCUGCUGUGUGAAAUACUUUUUAUUUGGAUUCAACAUUCUGUUCUGGUUACUAGGAGCAGCAUUCUUGGGCAUUGGCUUGUGGGCAUGGGCGGAGAAGGGCGUGCUGUCCAAUCUGUCAUCCAUCACAGAUUUAGGGGGCUUCGACCCUGUAUGGCUCUUCAUCGUCGUAGGAGGGGUCAUGUUCAUUCUGGGCUUUGCUGGAUGUAUCGGAGCGCUCAGAGAGAACACCUUUCUGCUUAAAUUUUUUUCUGUGUUCCUGGGUUUGAUCUUCUUCUUGGAGCUGACUGCUGGGAUCCUUGCCUUCGUCUUUAAGGACUGGAUCAAAGACCAGCUUAACUUUUUCAUCAACAAUAAUGUCAAGGCCUACCGCGAUGACAUCGACUUGCAGAAUCUCAUUGACUUUGCCCAGGAAUAUUGGUCAUGCUGUGGAGCGCACGGGCCCGACGACUGGAACCUGAACAUCUACUUCAACUGCACUGACAAGAAUCCCAGUAGAGAGCGCUGUGGCGUUCCCUUCUCAUGUUGUGUUAAAGACCCUGCAGAGGAUGUCAUCAACACGCAGUGUGGUUAUGAUGUUCGGCUCCAAGGGGACCUGGAUCGGCAGAAAUAUAUCCAUACCAAGGGCUGUGUGGGACAGUUUGAGAAGUGGCUUCAAGACAACCUGAUCAUUGUAGCCGGCAUCUUUGUUGGAAUUGCACUUUUACAGAUUUUUGGUAUCUGCCUUGCUCAAAACCUUGUGAGUGACAUCAAAGCUGUCAAAGCCAACUGGUGACAGGAGAAUUGAAGUGGGGCAGCCCCGCCCCAAGCUCACACAGCACACAACCGUCCAGCUGAGGAUGGACAGCCAACAAAACUCUGUCUACUUUGCCACUGAGCUAAGCAACACAUUCAUGCUGUCACACAGUGAUACGUGCAGAAAUAAGGAGUGACACUUGAAAACGGAAAUAUUUCAUACGCAAACCAAACAGUCAGAACUUUGUUUACCACUCAGCUGGGAUUUUAACCCAAAUAUACAGAACUGAGUCCUGCGUACUUCAUACAUAUUUUUUUUUCUUCUAUUUUUUUUCUUUCAACAAAUGUAUUUAAGGCACGCAGUUGCACAAGGACUCCUGAAAGCUGGGAGGUUGGAAGCCAUGGAUGAAAGACAAAAAAAAAAAAAA